ACAUUGUCCCACAUUAAUGCAAAAUCUCUACCGCCGCGGCCGGUGAUGACGACAUAUUUCCACGACUUGUAGUUCCUGUCAGGCAGUGAGGUUGGAAGAGCACGUUGACUGCGGCUACUCGUAUGGCUGGCAGCAUCAGGAUGAAGCUUGAGCUGAGAUGCGUGGUUCAGGGAAGGAGUCGGCUGGGUGUCCUGAAGGGGUUCGGCAGGACGGGACAGCACUCUCUUGAGGUCCCGGGGUGUCUGCUGUACACACGCUUUGGCACAGUGCCCCACCUCACCCAGGACACACUGCACACCCUGAGCAACCUCCCCUCUGUCACUCAGGUCACACUGUCCAAUAUAGCAGAGCACCAAGAAGUGUUGGAGGAAUUUAAGGAUGGAUUCAGGAAGUUUGCAGGUCUUCAUGAUACUGUGUUGUACUGCUCGCUCCAUGACCCUGCGGCCGCAUGCCCUACCGGCUAUAUCACUAACCAGACGGUGUCCGUGUGGGGCAGCGGUGGGCGGAUAGAGCUGACAGUGGCCAAGUUCAUGGCUCUCCAGAAAGCCGUGCAGCCGGAUUGGUACCAGAGCAUGGCAGACGGAGAGACAUCGCAGAACAACACCUCUCGCAAAAGGGUCCGAAAGUCGGUAGAUCGAACUCUUGCCCACUUGGAUGAGUGUCUGCUGGUGCACCAAAAAUCACAGGAGUUGGAGGGAGUGGAGGUGUUCGGGGUGGUGGAGGGAGGAGACAUCUUGGAAGAGAGGCUGCGCUCAGCCAGGGAGACAGCCAAGAGGCCAGUGGCGGGAUUUUGCCUUGACGGCCUCCAGACUGGGGCCAUGGACCAGACCCUGAGGACCCAGCUCAUCACUGCUUUGACCAAAGAGCUGCCUGAGGACAAACCCAGACUGCUGCAGGGUGUAGGACGGCCUGAUGAGGUGCUGGCGUGCGUGGAGGCCGGCGUGGACCUUUUCGAGAGUUUCUUCCCCUUCCAGGUGACAGAGCGAGGCUGCGCUCUUUUCUUCAGCUUUGACAUCUCCCCGGACCCGGAGCGCGCAGGUAGAGCGCCCCCUGCAGUGCUGGAGCUGGAUAAACAGAGGGACACAGCGGGGGCGACGCAACAGAAUGGAGGUCUUAAUCUUGAUCAAACGCAGAUGACGUCCUUUGAGAUCAAUCUCAAAGACAAGAGGUAUCAGGAUGACUUCAGGCCCCUGGUGGAUGGGUGUGGCUGCUACUGCUGUAAGAACCACCAGAGGGCAUAUCUGCAUCACCUGCUCAUGACCAAUGAGCUGCUGGCUGGUGUCCUGCUCAUGAUCCACAACACAGCCCACUAUCACGGCUUCUUCAGCGCCCUGAGAGAAGCUCUGGCUACUGAUAAACUGGACCUCCUCAAGAGACGGGUACUUGGAGAGAGAGGUGGGCAGACAGAAAGAAAGGACUAAGACGGGUAAAUAGGAGCGAUAUGAGAGGGAUUGAUCUUUCGUCUAAAGGAUCACUGGGCUGACUUGGAAAGAGGCAAUCAAAGCUCUAUCUUGUUCCUCCCAGUCCAGUCAGAGGAUGAACUGUGACACUGCAGAGACCUUGAGACUGAGUCACUCCACAAGUUUCUAAAGCCACGUCUCCUUUUAAACGAGGAGGACAAAAAGAAAACAGAGCUGAUAAAGACAACCAUUUGAUGCUCCUGGUUUCACAUCAGGAAUACAGCUCCCUUAAGCUCAUACAUUGAUCCGAGCUGAUAGCCAGCAGAUGGAGUCAGGGAUAGGUGCCUGAAGAGGGAAAGGAACUGGAUAGGAGGUCAGGAGGAAUCUGCAUAAUGAAAGAAAAGUGAAGAUACAUGGUGGUGGGCUAUGGACUAUGACUAAAUCCCAGUGUGCCUCCUGUUGUGGUUUGAUUGCAGGUCACUAGAUGACUAAUAUCCUCUGGAGCCACUGACAUAGCAGUAUAGACUGGAGGGAGAACCAACAUGGGUGACCAGCUAUUAAAGGGGAAAGAAAUAAGAAAAAUAAAUCCUGCUUUUCUCCUAUUACACAUUAAAAUAACCACGUGUAUAAAAAGA